UCUGAUCCCUCAUUAGGGCAUGAUGAAAUUUCUUCACAUCCUACAUUUCAUGUGAACAUGAUUGAUGCAAAAGCUCAGAAAGCGGGAACCACGAAAACGACACAAAGCAAAGAGAGCAUGAUUCCCUAAAAAAGUUGUACUACUUCUUUGGUUCCAAAUUAGCUGUUAUAUUUCUCUUGUCAUAAGUCAAUUUGAUUCAUUUUCAAAGCUAAAUUAAACUACGUAGCUCAUAUUCCGAACAUGAUUUGAUGCAAAAGAUGUAUUUGUACGUCAUGAAGCGACAACCGUUGUUUCCUUUCCAAUAUUAUUUGUAGAAAUUGAUCUUCUUGUUUUCAAGCACUAGUGGUAGUAGCAGCUAGAAGACUCCAAUUCUUCAUAAUCCACACAUAUAUAUAAACAUUGUAGUCCACAAGAAUUUGUUCCCUCUUUUUAUAGCAGAUAAAUGAAUACAAAAAUCAAUAUUCGAUCGAACUGAAGGGUUUGCUUCUAUGCUAUGAAUGUCUAACAUUUCGUCUUGCAAUGCUAUAAAUUCACUUUGUUCUGAACUUCUUAGCCAGAAAAAUGAAUAUCAGCAUGGCAAGCAUUGGAACUUCAAAUUUAGGUGUUCUGCCGGAGGCAAUGAGAUUUCCUCAUCAAGAAUUGUCUCUUGUCAUGAUUAAGAAAUUUAAUCUGGCAAGAAAACAAGUUUUCAGGCAAAAUCUCACAUUUUCUUGUAAUCGAAAGACUGGAAUUACUCGAGCCAUUGCGCCAAAAGCAAAGAAGGCAACAGGUCCAACAUUGAGCAGUGUCCCUGUAGCCAACUAUGUGCCUGUUUAUGUAAUGCUUCCAUUAGAUGUUAUUUCAGUUGACAAUGUUUUUCGUGACCAAGAUAAGUGUGAGAAGCAGUUCAAGGAGCUGAGAGAAGCAGGUGUUGAUGGGAUUAUGGUGGAUAUCUGGUGGGGAAUCGUGGAGGGCAAUGGCCCCGGGCUAUAUGAUUGGUUUGCCUAUAGGAGUUUGUUCCAACUUGUUCAAAAGACUGGGCUCAAAAUACAAGCUAUUAUGUCAUUCCACCAAUGUGGUGGCAAUAUCGGAGAUGAUGUUUUCAUUCCUUUACCCAAAUGGGUACUAGCUAUCGGAGAAAACAACCCUGAUAUUUUCUAUACUAACCGGUCUGGUACAAGGAACAAGGAAUGCCUCUCACUUGCUGUGGAUAACCAACCGCUGUUUGAAGGUCGAACUGCUGUCCAGAUUUACAGCGACUACAUGAGGAGCUUUAGAGAGAACAUGUCUGACUUCUUGGAAGCUGGAAGCAUAAUGGACAUAGAAGUAGGACUUGGUCCUGCUGGUGAACUUAGAUAUCCAUCGUACACUCAGUCUCAAGGAUGGAAGUUCCCUGGCAUUGGAGAAUUUCAGUGCUACGACAAGUAUAUGAAUACCGAUUUUAAGGAGGCAGCAACAAAGGCAGGCCACUCAGAGUGGGAUCUUCCAGAUGAUGCAGGAACAUAUAAUGAUGUACCUUUUGAAACAGGAUUCUUUGGACCAAAUGGUACAUACCUUACCGAGAAAGGGAAGUUCUUCUUGACGUGGUACUCUAGCAAGCUACUUCUUCAUGGAGAUCAGAUUCUAGAUGAAGCAAACAAAGUUUUCCUCGGAUGCAAAGUGAAGCUAUCAGCUAAAGUAGCUGGAAUUCACUGGUGGUACAAAGAUGCCAGCCAUGCUGCAGAGCUAACAGCAGGAUAUUACAAUUUGGACAAUAGAGAUGGUUAUCGACCAAUAGCAAGGAUGUUAUCGAGGCAUUAUGGUACCUUUAAUUUCACUUGUCUUGAGAUGAGGAAUUCAGAACAUCCAGCUUAUGCUAAGUCUGGCCCUCAAGAACUAGUUCAACAGGUUUUGAGUGUUGGCUGGAAAGAGAACAUUGAUGUAGCAGGUGAGAAUGCACUUUCAAGAUAUGACGGCUACGCCUACAACCAAAUCCUUCUCAAUGCUAGGCCAAAUGGUAUCAACAAAAAUGGUGCACCAAAACUAAAGAUGGCUGGGAUGACUUACCUUCGAUUAUCAGAAAAACUCCUUCGAAUCAAGAACUUCAAAACCUUCAAAACAUUUGUCAAGAAAAUGCAUGCUGAUCUGGAUUACUACCCAGAAUAUGAAAAACCAGCUCCACUGUGCAGAUCAAAAGAGGAGAUUUCAAUGGAUAAACUUCUUGAAGCAACCCAACGAACAAAACCAUUCCCAUGGGAUGAACAGACAGAUGCAAGAAUUGGCGGUAUAUUGGCUGAAUACUGGGAUAGGCUGCUUAACAAGUUCUUUCUCUCUAACUGACACCUACUUUGCCAUGAAAGACUCAUAAUUCUUGAGUUGACGAAAUUCACAUGCCCGAGAUCAGAAAUCAUACUAUGCAUCUGCAUUUAUAUGUAAAUUUGAAUGUAAAGAUAUAUAUAGGAGACUUUUAUGUCCAUAUUACUAACAUUAAAUUUCGGAAAGAACAAAAACUCAUACGUGUUGCAUGAAUAUCUAAAUGUCAGUCUUAUAUUAAUCCAAGGAUGAAACUAUAUCAUGCCAAA